UAUUUCGGUCAUUUUGAGUUGAAUCUAUAUAUAGAUUUGAUUGCGGAAAAUAUGUUUUCAGAGAAAUCGAUUUUUCGUUAUAAUUUGAUUAUUUUUCAUUAAAAAUGAUGUUUUUACUUAUUAAUAUCAUAGCCACAGGCUUACCACAUGUGUAUUGGACAACUUCAAUUGGGUUUAUAUUUAUUUUGAGUCAAUCCCCACAUUCCUGAAUAUGGGUCACCACAUGUCCGUUAUUCACUAAAUCCCGAGUUGCAGCUUUCAUGCUUAUUUUAUAUGGUACGCAUCAAUUUGGUUUCUGAGCAUUCUUACUUUUGUAAAGGACACAUAAUACUAAAAUAUUACAUUAAUGAACAUUAUGUUUACCAAACAAAAUCUGCAAAAUUCAAGAAACCAUUCAUCUGCACUUUUCCUGUCGUCACAAAAACGAUUCUUAGAGUAAAAACUUCAACCUAUGAAUAUGGCUGCUUCACCGUCUGAAGUAUUUAAACUUGUGAAGAGGAAGUUGGUUGCUGAUGCUGUUUGCCUUCAGUGUGUAGAUGCAGAUGCUCUCAGUGACCAUGAAGUGAAGACCAGGAAACAUAUCUGCCUCAUAGAGAGACAGGGCGACAAUGCCAUCUUCAUCUAUGUGAGCAAAGUGCCGUGUUUAUCUGUGGACGAUCUGCGACUUGAGCAGGUGAUACCGGUGAAUGACCGGCUGAAAGUUAUAACAGAGCCUCCAAAGACUGGAACUCAAGGUAUAUUACUGGGCCUGCAGUGGGAAGGGAUGAAAUACCUGUUUGACCUGAAGUCGGGAACUGAGGGAUCACAAUUUGUGUCAGAGCUGAAAAAUAAGAUUGCUAUUCAAUCCCAGAAUGCAGGAUUUGCACUGCCUUCGUCCUUCACCUGGCUGGACAAGUAUCGUUCAGAUAGCAUGGCCUCCACGCACGCACAUACGGACGACAACCCUUUCAGCAAUGAUGUCUUUGACCCCUUGAAGUACAUGAAUAUUGACGAUAAAAAUAGUAAAGUCACUGCUUCAGAGAAUGCAGUAAGCAGAGAGAAGAAUGAUGAGUUUAUCUUCAACCAUGAGCACUACACUACUAGCAACAGCAGUGACAGUCUGCAAGAGUCCAUAGAGGAGGUUGCUGAGAGACAGCUGGGUCUACAGCGCGGGGUGCACCUGGCUGACGGCAUCAAGCCCCUGACUGCCCGGGAGAAACUGGUGGAGCAUCAGCUCAAGAACAGGCAGAGGGAGUUUGUGAGGACUGAAAUGUUCAGGGUGUUUGUUGGGACCUGGAACGUGAAUGGACAGAACACAACCAACCUGGAUGAGUGGCUGGCCUGCGACAAAGAUCCCCCAGACAUAUAUGCUGUAGGGUUUCAGGAGCUAGACCUCAGCAAUCAAGCCUACAUCUUCACUGACUCAGUCAGGGAGAAGGACUGGGCGGAUGCUGUCUCCAAACACCUGCAUCCAAAAGCCAGAUAUGCCAAGGUUGCGUCUGUGCGACUGGUAGGCGUGUUACUGUUAGUCUUUAUCAAGGAGGUACACAUGGAGUUUGUCAAGCUAGACGAUGUAGACAGUGUACCCACUGGGAUCAUGGGAAUGCUGGGUAACAAGGGAGGGGUGGGGGUGAGGUUCUCCCUGCACGACACUACAUUGCUGUUCAUCAACUCCCAUCUGGCUGCGCACCAAGACGAGUAUGAGCGCAGGAAUCAGGAUGCAUGUGACAUUGAGGCCAGAAUGAGAUUCAAGCAGUUCCUGCCUCCUUUAACAGUGCAAGACCAUGAUGUGGUAUUCUGGCUCGGUGACCUGAACUAUCGUAUUGACCAGGACAUCAACACUGUGAAAAGUCUUGUGGUACGAGGCCUGUACAACAAGCUCACUCCUCAUGAUCAGCUGUAUAAGCAGCUGAAGACUCACAGUGUGUUCAAGAAGUUCAAAGAAGGGGAGAUCAAGUUUGCACCCACCUAUCGCUACGACACGGGCACCGAUAAUUUUGAUACCAGUGAGAAGGCACGUAACCCGGCCUGGUGUGACCGGAUCCUGUUCAAAGGCGAGGAGAUCAAGCAGAUAGUGUACAGGUCUCACCCUGUACUCAAGAUCAGUGACCAUAAACCUGUGAGCAGCCUCUUUGAUACAGGGAUCAAGGUGGUGCAGCCAGAUAAUUACAAGAAAGUGUAUGAGGACAUUAUGAAGCAGAUAGACCGCCUGGAGAACGACCAUCUGCCACAGGUCUCCUUGGCCCAGAGAGAGUUUACCUUUAAAGAUGUGAAGUUUGGUGAGAAACAACAUCAGAUUCUAGCUUUGGCCAAUGUUGGACAGAUACCAGUGACCUAUGAGUUUAUAAACAAGCCCAAUGAAAACACUUUCUGCAAACCAUGGCUCAAAGUGAGUCCAGAGUCGUCUGUCAUCGAACCAGGUGACAGUUGUGAGAUCUCCCUGGAGGUGCAUGUAGAUGAGACGCUGGCUUACAUGUUCAACUGUGGCUUUGACAAGAUUGAUGACAUCCUGGUGCUUCAUCUCCAUGGAGGCAAAGACUUCUUUAUCCCUGUGAGUGGCAACUACAUCAUCAGCAGUUUUGGCUCCUCUAUAGAGGCUCUGGUGCAGAUGCAUGGACCCAUCAGGGAGGUCCCCACCGCCCAGUUGAUAGACCUGGAGCGUCCUGGCAGCCUGGACAAUGUUGACACUCUGAAGGAGGGGACCAGGCUGUAUGACUGUCCCAAGGAGAUCUUCAGACUCGUGGAUCACAUAUGGCAAUAUGGCCGACACCAGGAAGACCUGUUCCGAGAGCAGGGGCUGGUGACAGAGAUCAAUCAUAUCCGAGACUGCCUGGACACCGGCUCACCUAGCAUGAUUCCAGGUGGUGUACAUUCUGUCUGUGCAGCCCUGUGUCUUUUCCUAAAGUCGCUGGCAGAACCCGUUAUUCCAUACAACAUGUACGAAACCUGCAUCGGGUGUUGCAACAGUUAUCUUCUGUGUACACAGGCGAUGGAGAAAGUGCCGUUUUGUCACAGACGAGUGUUUCGAUAUCUGUGUGCCUUCUUUCGACAACUGUUAGAAGAAUCUAAAUUUAAUAAUUUAGACGUUAAACAUUUAGCCCAAUUAUUUGGUAACGUGAUCCUGAGGGCGCCUCCUGUGAGGAUGUCCAAGGCUCGUAGGUCAAUGGCCGCAGUAGAAGACAUGAAACGGGCCGCGUUCCUCUACCACUUCCUCACUCAUGAGUAUGACGGAUAGACCAUCUAGAAAUCACUUGCAGUGUUCAUCAUUAUACAAAUAGUCAUAGGAUCUUUUAUUUUAAUUAUUAGAUUAAACAACGUGUUGUGGAGAUUGUACUAAUGUUAUAUUGAAUAAGUAUUUUUCAAAUUAAGUAUUGAUAGUUUUGGUUCUAAUUAGGUUAUCUAUUUGUUCUUUUUCAUAUGUAGGUGUUUUUUUAAAUUUUUAUUAAUUAAACCAUGACCAAACAUAAAAAAUUACAGGUUUUUAAGAACAUGAGAACAAUGUGCAAAUAGAAAAUAUGGGCAUUCACUCAUGUACAUAAUACACAUAAGUCUCAAUCGUUACAAACCAUUAUUGGCUCCAUGCACAAGGCUUAGUUACAAUAUAUGUACAUGUAUAAUGAUUGUUUUUAGUGAUAUUAAAUAAAAAAAAAAAACACAGUACAAUUACCGGGAUAAACAACAUGAGGAUGAUAAGGAUGAUAAAUUGUGAAUUAAUAUGAUAACCAUUAUAAACUAUAACAAGAUCACAGUUUAAAAUAAUGUUUAAGUGAUGAGUUUUGUUUUGUGCUGGAUAAACGUUGUACCAUGAUUUUUGGUCUGAUAAACACUUUUAGUGGCAUUCUGAUUUUGCUUUGCUUUUUAAGGUAAAAUAUUUAUCUGGUUAUUAUCAGGUACUUGACCACAUAAUUUCGUAAAGAAAAAUGACACACAAUUUGUCAAAAAGUUAAUUUUGCACAAGCAAACUGUGCUGCAAGCAUUAUUUAUAGACUAUACAUUCAUAGAAGAAGGUAAUUUUUUUUUCAACAAAAUCUUAAAUUGCCCCGUCAAUUUUUUAACCAUUAUAGUUGAUUUGUUGAUUGAAUAUAUUAUUAUUUUGUAUUACCUGUUUUUGGAAUUAUGUUGAUGGUGAUAAGUGAUUUUCCACUGAUAAUUGUAACAUGUGUUUGGUGUAUAAUUACUUCAUUGUGUAUAUACUGUCUUCAGAUUGUAUUUAUUAUUUUUGACAAUAGUCUUGUUGUGGUUAUUUGUAUUAGCUAAUCUGUGAUACUAGUUUGAAUCCUUGAUUUAAUGUUGAACUGUGCAGUGCAUGCUUAUUGUAUACAUCACUCUUACAUUCAAUUCAAAACAUAAUGAAAUAUCUACUUAAUGAUAAACCAUUUAUAUUAAAACGUUCAUAUUAUUGUUUAUAAACAGACACAGUAAUCUGUAAUUGUACUGAGCCCACAUGACACUGACUUUUGUCUUUAACUCUUUCAGUGCUGGAACCGAAUUUUGAGGGCCUUUGCAAACAGUUUGGAUCCAGAUGAGACGCCACAGAACGUGGUGUCUCAUCAGGAUCCAAACUGUUUGCUAUUCUGAUAGUAUUCUUUGAAAAAAAUCAAAGAAAAUUCUUAUUUUAGAAAUACAGCAGACAAAAUUUUAGCAGACGACAAAUUUCCCAGCAUGCAAAGGGUUAAUGUAAUCAUUAGUGAUGUUCACGCCAGCUCAAACCAUAAAUGUUGUGUUGAAUGUAUCAUCCCUCGAUAGGAAAGAUCUCCACUUGUAUAAUAGACUAGCAGAUGGAUAUACACAUUUAUCCUGUCACAUGCCUUUAAAUCAGCCUGAUAACCAGGUAACCUAAUAUCCCAAAAGAUAUUAGACUAGAUGACCACGUGACCUCGAAUAUCCGUCAGUUGCUCUGCGCAUGCCUGUACUAUUUUCUAUUAAUAAAAUAUACUUGUUUUCAAUAAAAAAAACAAACAAAAUACAUGUGAAGCACUGUUUGUUUAAACAUUAUUAUUUUAACAGCAUAAUUUGUCUUUGUGUAUUGAAUUAAUAACGAUUGACUCGAUUUCUGUGUUGUUUAACAAGAUUAGCGUAAGUGUUUUGCAUGACGUGACGUAACAAUGUUUUUGUUCAGCGUGUUUUUUCCCAUUUUAAAUAUUUGAACACAAUAUACUCGAAAACUAGAUAUUUUAGAAACAUUUCAACGAAUUUGACAUGAUAAAUAGAAUAAUAGGUUGGUGACAUGGAUGGAGAAUGGUUAUCUGGCUCGUCGGAGGAUCUUAUCUUCGGCGAACCCGAUAACUUCCUCCGACUUGCCAGAUAACCAUUCUCCAUCCACGUCACCAAUCUAUUAUUCUCUAUUUCUUUCUUGAUAAUUUUAAUGGAGUUUUAUUAUUAAAAAAAUUAUUAAGUACAGGUGUCACAAAUAAGCUGUUAAUGUUGUAAUUAUUAUUUUUAUGCCCCCGAAUUGAAUGCUCGGGGGUAUAUUGUUUUUGGCCUGUCUGUCAUUGUAUGUGUGUGCGUGUUUGUGUGUGUGUCUGUCCCAAAACUUUAACCUUGGUCAUAACUUUUGCAAUAUUGUAGAUAGCAACUUGAUAUUUGGCAUGCAUGUAAAUCUCAUGGAGCUGCACAUUUUGAGUGGUGAAAUGUCAAGGUCAUCCUUCAAGGUCAAAGGUCAAAUAUAUGGCUUCAAAGCGGCGCAGUAGGGUCAUUGUGUUUCACAAACACAGCUCUUGUUUGUAAAUACUAUUGGCAUUAAUCUACUUUCAAUUUUACAACCAUUUAUUUCUUAAUUACAAAUGAUACAGAUCUACCAUUUAACCAUUAGUUUUCUUAAUAUAUGUUAUAUAUAUAUAAAUCUUAUAGAUGGAAAAGCAAUUUGGUAGAUGUAAGCCUUGUUCAUUUAUUUAUUUAAAAAACUGUUCCUAUACUGGCAACAUUAAUACGAUAAGAGAUUUUUGGUAGCUUUUGAGAUAUGUCGUGUUCCAUAGUAUUGAGAGAUACAUGUACUGAAGCUUGCCUUUUGCCUUCUGAUUAAAAAGUCUUUCUUAUUUAACCCUUCCCACUCAGAAGCAAAGUGAAAAUGGCUAUGUGCAAACAGCAUUAAACCAGAACAGCCUGGGAGUAACUCGCAGUCUGUUCAGGUUUUAUGCUGUUUGCUGCUCAUCAGUAUCAAAGGGUUGGAAACGAAGCCUUUAAAACAUGAAUCUAGUAAGACAGGUCUUUUUAAAAUUAAAUUUUACUUUCUCAAUGACUACAAACGUGUGAACAUACAUAUCUAAGUGGUAAAGGGUUAAGUCAUUUCAUGAUUUGCUACUGAAAUACACAAAUGUUUCCUAUGUAUUUUUAGCUCGGCUGUUUUCGGAGAAAACCCAAUGUAUUGUCAUAGCCAGCUCGUCGUUGUCGUGUCGUCUCGUCCGAAGGCGUCGUGCUAAAACCUUUACAUUUUGCUCUACAAUCAAAGUGCUUCCACCUACAACUUUGAAACUUCAUAUGUAGAUGCACCUUGAUGAGUUUUACACGCCACACCCAUUUUUGGGUCACUUGGUCAAAGGUCACUGUGACCUCUAAAAAAAAAAAAAAUAAAUAAAAAAUCUGACAAGCUUUUGCAGCCGAACGUGGCACCUGUUAUGCGGUGCUCUUGUUUAUGCUAGUGUAACUUCAAUGUUGGGAAUUUUCUGAUUCAAAUCAAAGGAAGUGCAAUGGGUCGUGGACCCUGUUAAAUAGGAAAACAAUCUCAAAGAAAGCGCUUGUUUUCACAUAAAGAAAAUUGCAAUAAAUAUUGUUUAAAGACAUCUGGCAUGAAGUCUAGAAUCUCAUAUGUUGAUUGAGUGCUUGAACACUUUGUUUGUGCUCUCUUCUGUUGAUAAUUCACUGUAUGUAAAAAAUUGACUCAUUUAUUGCAUUAUUAACUCUUACUGUUAUAUGUUUUGCAGAUCAGUACGUAAUUUUGCAAGAAAACGUGCUUUCACAUAUUAGUGCAGCGAAGAUGCUUCAUUUUUCACAGACCAUCUCAAAUUUCACGUUUAUUUAAUAUUAAACAUGUUUUAAUAGGGUACAAUAUAUUGUUAUUUAAAAUUUUCUAACUUAUUUUACAAUCAGAAAGUUUGUGUUUUGUUUCGAAUACUCUUACAAAAUCUCCUUCUAAAAACCCUUUGAAGUAGCCAAUUAUUUUUAUCAGUUUUCCACAAUGUCAGUCACAUGUACAGUUAUGAUUCCAUGUUAGUAAGUAAUUAAUUAAAGGCUGUACUUGGUAUGCGAUGUCUAAUGUGUCAAUUUUUAAGUUUAUACUAAUGAUAUAUUUUAGCCAUACGAUUGAAAACUCGGACCUUUGUGUCCUUUAAUUGAACUUCGCUGAAUUAAUAUGCUGGUAACCAGUGUUAUGUGAUGAAUAAACAAUUUAAUAGUAUAUGUAUUGCAUAGUUAAUGUUCACUGUAUGCUAACCAUGAGUACUCGUUAUAUGCUCGAAUAAACCGUGUAUUCCAG